AUGGAAAAAUGCCCUAUUCACAAGGAAAACAUCACCUAUCUAGUAUUGAAGCCAAACUCAGUUCAAUUGGCAUGUAUUGAAUGCAGAGAUGACCUCAUUAGAGAGGGACACAAAUGGGAAUCCUGCAUUUUGUUAUCCAAAGUAUGCCAUCUCAUAAAUCACGAUUCUAGGCUCUCAAAAUACCAGAAGUAUUAUUAAGCAAAAUCAACAUUGAACCCAUCUUCAAAACAUUCUUUUCCAAGAUUAUUUUGGUUUCAAGUGAGGAACUUGAGCUCUAAAAAAACCUAUGGAUCACAGAAUUCAAAAGAAUAAUGGCAGAAUUAGAGAAAAUGAUAACGGACACAAAAGAUUUCUUUGAUCAUCUCUCUUAGACCCUUGUUCAAUACAGAACGGAUUUAAGGAGAGUAAAUUUCUAUUAAUAAAUAGAUUAUCAAAUUUGAGACCUUCGAAUAGCAUAUCAGGGGUAAUCAAAAUGACCAAAAUUUCAAUUAAGUUUCCUCCAUCAUCAUCUAUUAACAUCGCCAGUAGACGAUGGGAUAAAUAGAAUAAAAAAUUUAAGAAUACAUCAAUUCAAUCUCACAGGAAAGCAAUUGUGAAAAUAAACAAAUUAUCGAAGCUCUAAUUUAGGAUUAUAGGAAGAAAAUCAACAAGUAAGCCCUUUCUAUUAUUAAUUUCAAGUGUCAAAUUCCCACCUUCAACUGAAAUAUUAAAUCUAUUAACAAAUAAAUUUAAGACUUUCGAAAUUGCUGUCGACAGUAGGUUCAAAUAAGCCAAUCCAAAUUCUACAUGUUCUUGUUUAUUGUCAGAAAUCAAUUUUGAAAAUAUGAAAAAUAGAAUUAAGCAGAACUCAAAUUCCGCUUAUUCGCUGAUUUACUAGGGAUCGAUUGAUGGGUUGAACCCCAACAACUUUUGGACCAAAAUCUCAAGCAAGAGCAAUCUACUUAUGAUAAUGAAAACAAAGAAUAAUAACUGUGUGUUUGGAGGAUACUCCCCUUGUCAAUGGUACAGGACUCAACAAUCAUAAGCUAUGGCAGAUCAAGAAGGCACUUCAUUUAUAUUUGUAUAAAGUCCCAAUCAAUAAAUGUACUACUACCCAAUCAAGAAGGAAUACAAGCUUUAAGCUAUCACUCUGAAUCAAAAUUUUGGCCCUACAUUUGGCAAACCAGAUCUUCAAAUUUCUGCUGACUUCAAAGAAGGAUAAUUGAAUCUAGGAAAUUAUUACUUUAGAGAUCCCAAAGAAAAUUAACUCAGCUUCAUCUUGGGACCUAAAUUAGAAGAAAUCAUCGAAUGUGAAGUAUUUUAAUUAUGA